AUGGAAAAUUCCAAUUUUCAAAAUGAUGAAGAAUCCAAUAAUAAAGAUGGAGAAUUCAAUAAUAUAGAAGAAUUAUUUAUAGAGGAUAAAGAAUUUGAAAAAAAAUUAUUAAGAAAAAUCGAUCUUAGAAUUAUGCCUUUAUUAACUUUGUUAUAUCUCUUAAGUUUCUUGGACAGAGUAAAUAUUGGAAACGCGAAAUUAGCACAUAUUGAAGAAGAUCUUGGAUUAGUUGGAUCUCAAUUUAAUUGGUGUCUGAGUAUUUUCUUCAUUGGAUAUAUUUUAUUUGAAAUUCCUUCAAAUUUAGUACUUAUUAGGACAAGUCCAUCUAAGUGGAUUCCUUUUAUUAUGUUAAUGUGGGGAAUAACAAUGACGCUUAUGGCAUUUGUAAAGAAUUUUUCAGAGUUAAUGUCGGCGAGAUUUUUUUUAGGUGCCUUUGAAUCAGGAUUAUUUCCAGGCGCAGUAUAUUAUAUAACCACAUGGUAUAAACGAUCAGAAACAAAUUCUCGGAUAGCCAUACUUUUCAUGGGAAAUAGUUUUGCUGGUUCAUUUAGCGGUUUAUUAGCAUAUGGUAUUGUAAGAUUAGAUGGAAAGUUACGUCUAAAAGGGUGGCAAUGGUUAUUUUUAAUUGAAGGAUUAAUAACAGUUGUAGUCUCUAUAAUUUCUUAUUUCUUAUUCUCUGAUUAUCCUGAAAGAACCAAAUGGCUUAGUGAUGAAGAACGUAAAUAUGCUGUUGGUCGAUUAAAAAAUGAUGCAGGAAAAGCUCAUAUAACACAUUUCGAUAAAAAACAAAUUUACGCUGCAUUAACAGAUUGGAAAGUUCAUUUAGCUAUGCUACAUAUUGGCAUAAGUUCAAUAGCAUUUUAUUCUUUCUCAUUAUUUAUUCCGGCAAUAGUAAAUGGGAUGGGAUUUGAUUUUGUUAAAUCACAAUUAUUAUCAGUACCACCAUUUUUUUGUGCUGGUAUAGCAACAUUAAUUGUAGCGAUACUUUCGGACCGUAAACGUAUUCGUAGUCCAUUUAUCAUCCCAUGUUCACUUGUUGCAAUUAUCGGUUAUGUUUUAUUAAUAACGCCUUCAAUAGGCAUCCCUGGAAAAUAUGUUGGAGCCUGUAUUGUUGGAGCUGGUUUAUCUCCAAUAGUUAUAACUUCAAUCACAUGGUUAACAAAUAACAUAGCAGGUCAUGCGAAAAGGGGCAUAGCAUCAGGAAUGGUAUUGGUGAGUGGAAAUAUAGGAGGUGCAGUAUCAUCACAAAUUUACCGACAAAAAGAUUUUCCGGAAUAUUUCUUUGGCCACUCAAUGUCUUUGGGAUUUUUGAUUGCUACGAUAUGUAUUACACUUAUUCAAUAUUUUGUUUUCAAAACUUUAAAUAAGAAAAAGAAAGAAAAUCCUCAAUCCUUUUUAGAAGGAAAAACUGAGGAAGAAAUUAAAAAUAUGGGCGACCUUCAUCCUGAUUUUAUUUAUAGUUUGUAA